CGCUCCGCGCCCGGCGGCGGAGGGCGGGGAGGGCGCGUGGAGCCGGGGACACGCACACGGACACGCACACGGACACGCACACGGACACGCACACGCAGCGCGGCCCCGCAGCGCGGAUCUGCGGCCAAACCUCGCCAACAAAGACCCCUCCGCCCCCCUGGCCGCCGCCCCCCGCGGGAUGUAGCCGGGCCGGGAGCCCCAGCGAGGCAGCGGCCCCGCCGCUCCGUGCCCCGCAGCGAGGCCGGGAGGCGGCGGGCUCAGAGCGCUGCCGCCACCAUGGGCAAAUCCAACAGCAAGUUGAAGCCUGAAGUUGUGGAAGAGCUGACCAGGAAAACGUACUUCACAGAGAAGGAGGUGCAGCAGUGGUACAAGGGCUUUAUCAAGGACUGUCCCAGCGGGCAGCUCGAUGCCGCCGGCUUCCAGAAGAUCUAUAAGCAGUUCUUCCCCUUCGGUGACCCAACCAAAUUUGCCACCUUUGUUUUCAAUGUCUUCGAUGAGAACAAAGAUGGGAGGAUCGAGUUUUCGGAGUUCAUCCAGGCGCUGUCGGUCACCUCCCGGGGGACACUGGACGAGAAGCUGAGGUGGGCAUUUAAGCUGUACGACCUGGACAACGACGGAUACAUCACGAGGAACGAGAUGCUGGACAUUGUGGAUGCCAUUUAUCAGAUGGUGGGGAACACAGUGGAGCUUCCCGAGGAGGAGAACACACCAGAGAAAAGGGUGGAUCGGAUUUUUGCCAUGAUGGACAAGAACGCGGACGGGAAGCUGACGCUGCAGGAAUUUCAGGAGGGCUCCAAGGCCGACCCCUCCAUCGUGCAGGCGCUCUCCCUCUACGAUGGGCUCGUAUAGUCCCGGGGCCGAGCGGCGCUGUGCUGGUGUCUCAUGAGAUGGCCACAAGGAUUUCUGGUCGUCCUUCUCACCCCGUUUCCCUCCAUCCACCCUCUCCUGCAGAUGCUGGGGGAAGAUGCUCUCUGUGCCAUCCGACCACCGCCGUGCGAAGCUUGCCUGUCCCUCCCGGCCUUCCUUUCAGUUCUGCGAGCAAGGAGUGCCCUCACAGCGGGGCUCACUCCCCUCUCUGCACCCUGAACAGCCGCUGCCAUUCGCCAACUUCUGCUUUUUCCAAAAAACCCCCGUGCCAGAGCCCGGGCUGAGCGGCGGCCGACGUCCAAGACUCCAGGGCCGGGGGAAUGGCUCGAGCAGCGUCGCAGGCAGAGCCCCCUCGGCCUCCUCGCCCCCUUUCUCCCUUUUUCCUACAUUUUGGGAUGGGACUGCGGAUGCGCCGGCGGGAUCCUCUCUUGGGAAGCGGCCGGAGAGGAGCCCGAAGGCAGCGGGGGCUGCACCCCCCGGGUCUGUCCCUGCGGGGUGCCCGGGGAGCCGAGGCACCGCCAGAGUCUGGGAACAGAGUCCUGGCAUCACCCACGAUGCCGCUGGCAGCCCGGCUCGGCUCACUAGGGAUAUAUAUUAUAUUAUUAUUUUAUUUUUUCUGGUGAGACAGUAUUGUGCUUUUUGGUUUGGUUUUGUUUUAUUGGUUUUUUUUUUUUUUUUUUUCCCUUCGGUGGAAAAAAAAGUGAGGCUUUUUUUUAUAUGCCCAAUCUCGACGAUCGAUAUCCUUAUUUAUUUGUUGUAAAUGUUGCUGCUGUGUUUUGUCUCUCAUGCGUGUGUCCACCCACCCAGGUGAGGAUUUGUAAGGUUUACAUGCUCGUAUUGCGGGGACCCGGGAGCCUGCAAUAACAAUGAAGCCAAAAAUCUGCCUUCCCCCCUCUCCUCCCACCCCCUGUAUCCCAAGCUCCGUGGGCUGGCUGCUGCUUGGAGGGGAUGCUGUAGCUUCUGUUCCUGUUCCCGUGUUCCCUGCAUUUUUCUGUUCACCCUUAGGGAGCCCAGUGAGGGCUCAUCAGCCCAGCCUGUGAGCAGAGCGAGCUCCAUCCCUCCAUCAGGCAGGUGAGGAAACUGCUGGGCGCCAGAACAUCGCUGUGUCCUCCCUUUUAUUCAUUUUCUCGCUGCACGAAAAAGUAUUCACAGAGCCCAGAGUUGGGUUGUGCUUUCAAGCAGAUCCCUUUGCUGUGUUCUGCUUUGCAGAUGGGGGAAGGUGUUUGGUGGUGGCUGUGAAGCACCCUGUGUGCUGGAGGGGCAGAGGGGAGCCUUGCUCUGUCCUGUUCCCAUCCCAGCUGGGCCAGGGUGGCAGGGCAGUGCCAGGCUGGGCUGAGCACAGCUCAGGGUCUCUCCUUCCCCCACCACUCCCACAGGACAUGGGAGGUUUUGCUGUGUCUCUAAGCAGAGCUGCUUGCACCCAGAGGCCUUUGGGACCCCUAAAGCCACCCUGGGGCCUCACCCUUCCACCUCUGGUCCAGCUGAUGGUAGCAGCAUCUCUGCACACAGCUGCCUCCCAGCUGCUGUGGCUAAGCCCAGACAGAGGACUGUCCCCACGGCAGUGGGAGGUGACAUCUGGGUGUGGGGGACAGUCUGACAGUGUCUCACAAUGCAGGAGACAAGGUGGUGCCUCAGCAUUCCCUGAAUCCUCCUGGCAUGGCCUGGACAGAUGUCCCAGCCAAGGGAUGCUGGUUCUUCACCGUGCAACCCCACUCCCCAGUUUUGGGAUUUUGUGCUUGUGGUACUUCUUGAUGCCCAUGAAAAAAUCAUCUUUCCCCAUGCCCAAGGAGACUGACCUCACGUCCACGUGCAAUAUUUCUGCCUCUUCUGCAGUUCCUGCCCCUGAGGAUGCCCAUGUUUCACUGUGGGGGUGCUUCUGGAGGGUGACCUUCACUCACUCCCAUGGAAACCCUUUUCCUUGUUGCUCUGUGGCCAAAAUGCAACUCUUUGGGGUAGGAUUUUUUGCAGUGCCUGCAACUUGUUGAAUGCUCAUCUGCCAGACCGGUCCCCUCCUGGUGCCAAUCAAUGUUCCCAAUGAAUGUGACACUGCUGUAAUCACCUCUGCUGAUGAAUGAUGGCCCCUGCCACGUUUGACGUAGUUCCCAGGCAAAGGCAAACCUCAUUUACUCUGACACUGUUCCCUGGAAAGCUUUUAAUUUUUGGAGGACCUGUCAUGGGCUGAGCUCCAUCAGUGCUCACAGAUGUCUCCCCAGGGAGUCAGCCCUGCCAGGGCUCUCAGCACGCUGUCUGUCCCCAAGCAAAGUGUUUUGGCCCCAGUGUUCCCCCUUGGCUGUGGAUUUGGGACCCUGGCUUGGAUGCUUCUAGUCCCACUUUUGGGGGAGCACUCAGGGCCCCUGAUUCCUCCUGACCACCACCAGGGUCUGCAGUGUCUUGAUAUCACUGAAAAUAAGGCUUGGAGCAUCUCAUGUUUGGAAAUGUCGGCCUUAACCUCCUCGUGCCUCAGUUUCCCCCUCAGCGGAGUGGCUGGGGUGAGCCAUUGCCCUCUGGAAAGCAGUUUGGUGUCUGUGCCCUGGCAAGCACGAGUGCUGGAUGUGGCUCAGGACUGCGGGCACAGGGCUUGGCAGGACCCACCGAGCCCCAGGCACGUGCAGAACCCCGGGAACAGCGUGUGGAACACUGGGUUUGUCAGGGAGUCUUUAAUGCCAGCCUCUGUUUUACACCUGCUCAUGAGGAAACAGGCAGCAAGCCCUGCUUUGUCUCUGUUCACACUCGGGCUCCUGGUCCUGUCCCAAACAGAGCCCUGGCCGUGGGAAGGGGCCCAGAGCACAGCCAGGCAGAGGUGAGGCUCCAGCCCUGGUGACUGUGGCAUGUGCCCCCCUCUCAUUUGUCCCCGUCGGUGUUGCCCCAUUAAAUGCCAUGUCUGUCCUUUCCUUUCUUUUCACUUUUCUGUCUGUGUGCUGAUUGUUGCUGCUUUGUGUCCGUCUUUCCUUGAGCUCUGGGGCUGGGCUGAGCUGAGCUGUUUCCCCCAGGAGCAAGAACGUGGGAGAGGGCUCUGGGGGCAGAUUCCCCCCUGCCCUCUCCUCACAGCACAAACCAGGACCCAGGAGAGAGAGAAGUGAAGGUUUUUUCCUCUGGGGCAGGCUGUUAAUUAAUGCAAUUUAUAACGAGACCAGGCUGGUCCCGGGAGUGCUCUCCGUUGGGUUGGUGGAGGGGGGUGUUUGCUUAUGGGGGACCCCAGACCCUGUUUGUGCCAGGUCCCAGCUGCACCUCACCCUCCUUCAGAGGAGCAGAUGCCUGUUGGUUCUUCCCGUGCCAGCAGGACACCACGUUCCUGUUGGAUGGGAGGCUGAGGCUGUGGGAAUCCCAGCCCAGGUCUCUGCUCUUCAGUGGGCAGGGAUGCAGCUGCCCAGAGGGUGGGAUUGUCUUGGAGUCUUGGGGUCUGGCUUUGAAGCAGGGCAUGGGGGCAGCUGAAAUCACUGGCAGAGCUGCCCCCUUCCCAUGUAUUUAGGAUUGGGGGGUCAUUUGGGAUGGGUGAGUGACCUGCAGCCAACUCACUGUCCCCCAUCCAAGGAGGAGAUUUGGGGCAUUUAGUGAGAGCAUCUGUCACCUGUCCUUCCUGGGACAGAAGUGAGGGCUGAGGGCAAAGGAGGGAGCUGAUGGCCCCAUUCUCACUGCAGUUUGGGGUGCAGCAGUUUUGGGGUCUCAGUUACACAUUUCAGCCCUGCCUAUUCCAGCAGCAGUGCAGAAAAGUCAUCCUUCCCUUCUCUCUCUGCCCGUGGCCACCAGCCCUGGGCUGGGUGUCCUGUGCCACAGGUGUGACCCCUGCCCAGGGGUGGCCGAGCCCUGGGCUGGGAAGCAGCAGCUCCAGCAAAGAGCCUUGUUUGUGGAGAUGAAGCCUGUGUGUGCGUCCGUGCCGGUGUCUCGGCUUGCAUGCCCCGCUGCCUUGUCUUGAGAUGAAUUCAAGAGCAAACCAAGCAAAUGAAACAGUUUAAUAACAGAACAAAACAAAACCCAGGAACUUUGUGACAGUGGAAAUAAAAGCUUAAUGACAGUAA